UUUUGGGACUGGCUUGCUUGAAGAAUGCUUCACGAGCUCCUGCUAGCGCUGGUCGGAUGCACUGGCGAUGUGUUCAUCGAUGCUGACGAGGAGGAUCGGCGCCUUGGAUUCAAGGACGGUAGCAGGCACUACGCACAGGAUGAUCCUGACGGGGCGAGCAGCGAUGAAUGUACGUUCCGGAUUGCGCCGGAUCUUCAGUUCUUGCGGCCGUCUGAGAGGGAAAUUCUCGAGCGGCUGCUACGGCUGGGGUUUUACUACCGGGAGCUGGAUCGCUUCGCGUUGAAGUCGCGAAAUCUUAGCUGGAUUGGAGCUCUCCAGGAUUCCAAGGCUGUCGUCCAGCAGCACAGCGUCUACCAGAGAGCAGUGGCGAAUGGAGUGACCGAGGUUCUUGCCAAGUAUCGAUCGGCAGUUCUUACGCUGGAGAAAAAUAUUCUGGCUGAUCCAUUGCCGGUUUUGGCCAUCGUCACCCAGUGCCUCAAGCAAUUUGAUUUGUUGUUGCCUCCACUACAUGCUUUGGUCCGAGAGGUGGAAUCAAAGAAGCUAAGGGGUGGAAAGCUCUUAAAUUUUUUGCAUGAAAGGUCUCACUGCGGCAUCCCGGAACUCCAGACAUGGAUCCAAAGAUUACUAUGGCAAGCACACCAGGUUAUGUAUCGCCAGCUUUCGGGGUGGAUGGUAUAUGGUCUUCUUCAGGAUCAAAAUCAAGAGUUUUUUAUAAGCAGGACUCAAGACGAGCAGACGAAAGCGGACAUAGAUGCGUCCGAGCCACCAGCAAAUAAAUCCAAGUCUGGGCGUGGCACUGAAGAUGCCAAUAUGAUCGACUGGCACACCGGAUAUUGUGUUCGACUGGACAUGCUACCAGAUUACAUCCAAUUACCAGUAGCGGAGUCUAUUUUAUUUGUCGGCAAAGCAGUGAGAGUUCUUCGUAAUCCAAGUGCUUCGUCGUCUUUUACGAAACAGUACUCAUUCAGUGGAGCGUACGAAGGACCUGAACUUCUACCUAAAGAAGAGGCUGAAAAGAUUGGCUCACUGCUUCGCGAGCUUCAGGAAAGACCACUAUUCCACAAACUUUCUUUUGAACGUUCUAUUGAUUCUAUACGCACUAUCGCGGCCACACAUCUUUGGAAGCUUGUGGUAGUUCACGCGGAUUUGGUUGGCCAUUUGAAAGCCUUCAAAGACUAUUUUCUUCUUGCUAAGGGAGAUUUUUUCCAGUGUUUUCUGGAAGAGAGCCGAUCUUUGAUGAAGCUUCCUCCUAGGCCAUCGACGGCAGAGGCAGAUCUCAAAGCACCUUUUCAGCAGGCUGCAGUAAAGACAAUAGGCGACGAGGACAAGUACUUCUCGCGAGUUACCUUAAGGAUGCCACUGUUAGCAAACUCUGGACUCCCUCCUUCACAGGUGGAGGUCAAGCAAAGGUCCAGCAUCGAUGCACUAUCGGACGUUGCGGUUGGACCUUCUUAUGAUGGGUGGGAUGGCAUUGCGCUGGAAUAUAGCAUCGACUGGCCGCUGCAGCUUCUGUUCAAUCGAGAAGUUUUGGCCAAAUACAGCAAGGUGUUCCAGUAUCUACUUCGUUUGAAGCGGAUUCAGCUUGAGCUCGAGAAAUCUUGGGCAAAAGCCAUGCAGCGUGAUCGAAGGGAAUCCCGAGGCCGUCAGAAAAACCACAAGAAGGAUGAUCCCAAAGUUUCGGGUAUGCCUACUUGGAGGCUUCGACAACAUAUGGCCUACUUGAUAACAAAUCUACAGUUCUACAUACAGGUGGAUGUCAUCGAGUCUCAAUGGAAUUUGCUGCAAGAGCGCGUUCAGGCAUCAAAAGAUUUUACAGAAUUGGCUCGAUUUCAUCAAGAGUACUUGUCAGCUUUAAUAUCUCAGUCUUUUCUAGAUAUUGGUUCAGUGUCUAGGAUACUGGAUAGCAUCAUCAAAUUAUGCCUGCAGUUGUGCCGCAUCAUGGAACAUCAAGAUGCCACUUCGAGUUCUACAGCUGCUGAGCUGGAUCAAAUAACGGAGGAGUUCAACAAGAAGUCGAACUCUCUUUACACAAUUUUGCGAAGUAGUAAACUGGCAGGAAGCCAGCGAGCACCAUUCUUGAGGCAGUUUCUUCUACGUUUAAACUACAACUCUUUCUUUGAGUCGACUGCAAGAGGUGCUCUAAAUGUAAUUCGCCCUCGUCUUCCUUCUGCUACUACCACUCUUCAUUGAGGCACUUUUAAAUUGGAUUACAAGUGAUUGUGGCGCCUGAAGAGCAGGCAACCAAACUUGAUAAAGGAACUAAUCUCGUUGAGGUCUCCCAGGUCUUUAGAAUCGCAAGCGCGCUCUAUAUCGUCGACGAUUUCUUCUUUGACUUGCCUGCUCUUCAUUCCAAGCGGAUGGCACGCUUCAUUCCGCUUCUUCCUCUCACAGCCGGCUUCACUGGCUUCCAGAUAGAACUCUGCCUCCGCCGCCUCGAGCGCAUCAGUCAAGGCUGGAUCCACAGCCUCGUUGGCGGAUUCCUUGGCAACCACAUGCAUCACAUGGAGCGGACCUCGGCCAGGAUCUCAAACGCUGCCACUCCUCGCGGUGAGCCAACUUUCGACCAGUAGAGCUCCAUGUUUUGCUUCUGGAACCAUUCCUUCAUGGGCUGGAGCUCUUUAAUCUCCCGGCUCUGCUGUUCCAGGAUCGCCGCCUGUGCCUCGAGCUCCUUGGCCUGGACCUCCACUCGCUCCUGGAGCGUGGUGACGCUCCGGCCCAGCGAUCGGAGAUCGUCGCUGCCAUCCGGGGCCGUGUACUUGCUGAUGGCGAUGAAGGUGAGCUCCUUGGAGGGGGAGUGCGUGAGGCUCCGGGGAGAGAGGGGCCUCUUUUCGGAUCGAUACACCUCGAGGAAUGGGUCGUGGAGAGCUUCUUGCCGGAUCUCAUCCCUGCUCACGCUUCUCACUUGGCCCAGCACGGAGAAGCCUCGCUUGGGAGACACCGAGUGCCGCGGGCUUGAGACCCGAGAUGCCAUGGAAGAAGAGCGCGAAAGAGCGCGGUUGGUUUGAAUUUAAGUGGAGAAUCUUGUGAA